AUGGAGCAUCAACGACUUGUGGAUGAAGAUUCGCAUAGUCAGGGGACCGUCAUUGUUUCUCAGUGGAAUCGGCGCCGAACAAAAUGCUCAUGUGGCACGAAAUUCUGCGAAAGAGCGCGCAACGCUGGUACAGCUCGUACUGGCGGAUGUGAGCUUCACAAAGAAAGCAAAACCGUCAUGACUUUGCUCCAUCGCCAAAUAUUUUGCAGAUGGGUUCUGCGGAUUUUCCUUGAAACAUCGUUUUCAAGCACAAUCGGAGCAGGAGGAUUCUCGAUCAGCCCUAAACUUGAAUUCCGUGCAAUUGUGCCUAUAAAUUCAGAGAUAUUCAGCGCCCUUCACGGUGCAAAGGAGAGGUUCAAGUCGCAAGAUGUCUCUACUGUAAUCCAAACUACUUGGAAGGCUCUAUUUGAAGCCUUUCGUGCAGGCAAAGCAUCAAAGUCGGAUGCUCUUCAAAGCGGCGAUACUAUUCUACAUGUAGUCACUGGCUGGCAAACUUACAGUUCUAACUGGGAUACACGUUCACGGCUUAUGUGGCGUUCAUUUAUCAAAAGCCUUUUACAAGCGGGUCUCUCUCCGGACCGUGCGAAUUACCGCGGUGAAACUCCUGCCGAUAGCAUGAUCGAUUGUUUUGGGCAUGAAAGCAGCAAUCUGGAAAAGCAGCAGAUAACGAUUGAUAUCUGUUCAGACUUACUGGAAGCUGGGGGAUACAUGACCCGAGAAGCCCUUGAUUGGAGGCAUCGAGAGAACACUUUCAACCCUUUGUACAUGGGUUGGAGAGUAGAUGGACGUAGGACUGAUAAUUUGUUCGAAGACUUUAGCUUCCGCCUUAUUUGGAGAAUUGCCGAUGAGAAAGGGAUCCAAGACAUCGAUCUCCCAGAAGAAUUACAGCCUCUUGUGUACAAAUCGAAGAAACUUUUGGCAGCACAAUUAAGAAAAGGGAUCGAUUUCCAUCGAUUGAUUGAAUCGUACACUCGUUGGGGGGAGGGUUUAGCCCUGAUUCUUGAAUCUGGUCAUGCACCAACCGAAGACGCUCUUAAAGCCGCAUGCGAAGCGAAUUGCGAGGAGAGCGUAAAGAUACUGGUGAAUGACCACAAGUGCUUUAUUGGAAACAAAGAGCUUGCAAUCGCAAGUUUUCAUCCCAACCAGGUCAUUGUUGAUCUAAUUGUUAGCGAGUUCAUUGAUCGUAGAAAGCGGUUACAGGCACUUGCGGAGGCAAACUUGACGAGAAGUGCCCAAGAUCAAUUACGCAUCGAAUCCCAAAGUCUGCUCAAUACCUAUGCUUAUGAAGCGUAUACACUACUUGCAGUCACAUCUGUGGAUUUGGAAGGUCUCCUGGAGCGUUUUAAGUGGUCAGUCUUUGACUGUGUCGGUGUCAAUCUUGAUUUGGCGGACCGAUUAUGGAGUGCCGGCUUCCGAGGCGUUGAUGAUAUCGAUGAUGACAACCAGACGUGUCUGACAAAUAUCUGGAGAAACACACCACCCUGUGAUUUGGAAGUUUUUCUACAAAAGACUAACUGGUUGAUCAGCAAAGGUGCUGAUAUCUAUCACCAAAAGCCAUUUGGAUCGGCCUUGCAUGACAUAGCAAAUAGUGUGGGCACAAUUUUAUACUGCAUGAAAGACGAGGAACACUCGAAGAUUAAUUCUUUGAGUGAACCUUCAAAGGCCUUAUUGAAUACAGUUCUAUCCGACAAUAGUCGAGAUGAUUGCGAAUGUGCCUGUUCUCUGAACGGAUGCUCUCCACUAACGACUCUUUUAAGCGGACUUUUGCCCACACGAAUUGACCAUGAGACUGAAGCCAAGCUUAUCCAGCUCUUUGCCGAGUUUUUGAGAGUUGUUCUCUCGCACUCAAAAUUCAAGCCUGAGCAUGAUGAACGCUUCAAGAGUUAUUUGAGUGUUGGUAUACUUCGUUUCAUCACAUUCAAAAGCUUGGAUAUCACACAUACUUGCUUUCAUGAGUAUAGAAAGAUUGAAUCAGAAGAAAUAGAAGAGAUCCAAGAUGAAGAGAAAUUGUUGAUAUCGGAUCUCGAGAGGCUAUUGACACAAUUUCUCGAAGAAUCGAAUGUGCAUGGCUUGCAACUUCCGAGCUACAUAGCAGGACCAUGGCAGACUCACAUGGCUUCAUUUCUUUCAACAUCAAAUCCUCACUGUGUGAAAGAACUUACUCAAAUUAUUGAGUCUGGAGUUUUCCUUGACGAUCACAAGUCACAAUCGCGAAGGUUUUUUCUAUCCUAG